AGUAGAGGAAGAAAGCUAACUAAUCGUGAGAGUGGAAGUGGAGCUAUCGUUUUAGGAAAAAAGGGGGCAACUGUCAAAACAGCAAGCGGAGCAGCAGUUUUUUUUAGUCGGUGAUAAUUCCGUGAGGUGACCACCUGAGCAGACGUGUCGCUAGUUACUCGCAGACCGUGUUUGUCAGAUGCCCGGGGAGCAUUUUGGAUACUACAUCGAUUGUCCCAUUUCCAAACGGAAACCAUUUCUGGACAGACAGUUCGUGCUAGCUAGCAAGCUAGCUAAGUGAACCACCCAGGAGACGUUUCAUUGUCACCUAAAAAAAACCCAAACUGAAUGUUUUGUCUGUCAUGAGUCCGGCCGGGUGCUCCCAUGUGAACGGUUAUAAGGUGGACAAUUGGAAACAAAACCUUCGAGUCAUAUACCAAUGCUUUGUUUGGAGUGGUACUGCUGAGACCAGGAGACGCAAGGUGCUUCAGAGUGAUGCGGGAUGGACAGAGCUGGCCAAGUCGUGUAUCUGUCAUAUGUGUGGAGCCCACCUGAACCGACUCCACUCUUGUCUCUACUGCGUCUUUUUCGGCUGCUUUACGAAGAAACACAUCCACGAGCACGCAAAAAACAAGAGACACAAUCUAGCAAUAGACCUAUUAUACGGUGGAAUAUAUUGUUUUGUGUGUCAAGACUACGUAUACGACAAAGACAUGGAACAGAUUGCCAAAGAAGAACAGAGAAAAGCCUGGAAAUUGCAAGGCAUUGGGGAGAAAUACACAACGUGGGAGCCAACCAAGAGAGAGCUAGAAUUAUUACGACACAAUCCAAAGCGGAGGAAAAUCACGACGAACUGUACCAUAGGUUUACGAGGGUUAAUAAACCUGGGCAACACAUGUUUCAUGAACUGUAUUGUCCAGGCUCUAACACACACGCCGCUGCUGCGAGACUUCUUCCUCUCGGACAGACACAAGUGCGAGAUGCAAUCAAACUCCUGUCUGGUGUGUGAGAUGUCGCAGCUCUUUCAGGAGUUCUACUCGGGCCACCGUUCGCCCCACAUUCCCUUCCGGCUGCUGCACCUGGUGUGGACUCACGCACGUCACCUCGCAGGCUACGAGCAGCAAGACGCCCACGAGUUCCUUAUCGCAGCAUUGGAUGUACUACACAGGCACUGCAAAGGGGACACCAUCCGAGAUGACAAUGGGAAGAAGGCCAACAAUCCAAACCACUGUAACUGCAUCAUUGACCAAAUCUUCACUGGGGGUCUGCAAUCAGAUGUGACCUGUCAAGUCUGUCAUGGGGUUUCCACAACGAUAGAUCCUUUCUGGGACAUCAGUCUGGACCUUCCUGGCUCAUCCACCCCUUUCUGGCCCCUCAGCCCUGGAGGGGAUGGCAGCACAGUCAAUGGAGAGAGCCACCUGUCAGGGUCCACCACUCUCACAGACUGCCUACGCAGGUUUACGCGACCUGAGCAUCUAGGAAGCAGUGCCAAAAUCAAGUGUGGCGGUUGCCAUAGUUACCAGGAGUCCACCAAACAGCUGACCAUGAAGAAGCUCCCCAUCGUUGCGUGUUUCCAUCUCAAACGGUUUGAGCACUCUGCUAAACUGCGGCGAAAGAUCACGACAUAUGUUUCCUUCCCCCUAGAGUUGGACAUGACGCCCUUCAUGGCAUCCAGUAAAGAGAGCAGAAUGAACGGGCAGUACCAACAGACAGUUGAUGUAUUAAACAACGACAAUAAGUAUUCCUUGUUCGCUGUGGUCAACCACCAGGGCACAUUAGAGAGUGGCCACUACACCAGCUUCAUCCGCCAGCACAAAGACCAGUGGUUCAAAUGCGAUGACGCCAUAAUCACCAAGGCCAGCAUUAAGGAUGUACUCGAUAGUGAAGGGUAUCUCUUAUUCUACCAUAAACAGUUCCUUGAGUACGAGUGAGUCGUCUUUGUGGCCACUGACCAUGAAGACCCACUGCUUCUCAUGAGAGAGUCAAGGGCCUGGGGACGGGAUGAUACACAAAACACACAAACCUACCUGAAACUCUUUGACUACCAGUCUGUGCUCCUCCAGCUCUGGAGGAGCACAAUAUAAAGACGUGUGAAAUCCUGCACCCUUACAAAAGAGAAAAAAAAACAAGAAAAAAACAAAAACAAGCACUGAGCUACUUCUUGGCAUCUACUUGACAAAACCGAAUGAAGA